AUGUAGCGUCUUAUCUCUGUGAUGUACAUACCCGUCACAUAAGAAUUUCACACGAGUAAAUGUUGGUCAGAGCUGCUCAUUCGCGUGUUGAGCGUUGACGAAGUAACACCUUGACGACUCCAUCAGAGCUAAAAUGUUAUCUUAUUGGAAUAUUAUCACGUUCACUCUAAUCCUUUCGUACUGCGCAAGUGAAGUGCUUGGCAUAAAGUGUUAUAACUGCUACGACAAUGGCAGAAAUUCUGACUGCAGAACAAAUCCUAAUAAGACUGCCACCAUCGUAGAGUGUAGCAGUCAACAGUUUUCAAUGCAAAAGGACCAUCCGGGCAUCAAAGAAAUUUUCAAUAUCCCCGCGGACGAUUAUAAUUAUGCUGCAGGCAACGAAAUCUGGAAUUGUAUGACGGUAGUAAGCAAGGACAAAAACGGCGAAACAUUUUCAAGAUCGUGUGCACCUGUAAAGCCCAUUUGUGAGAGAAAGGAGGAGACUAUUAAGAGAAAUGACUAUGAACUAAAACGAAAAUGUUGCGACACCGAUUUGUGCAACUCAUCAUUCAAAACUAGUGCUGCGUUACUUACUGUAAGUGCUUGUUUACUGCUUAUCGCUUUUUUCGGAAAUAAAAUGUAAUAGGGAAAUUUCUCUCAUAAUAACGCAUAAUGUAAAACAAACGUAAAUGAAGUAUAUAUUAGGAAGUAGUUAUCUACACUAAUUUAUCUCGAUAUAGUAAGAGCUUCAUUACGUAUUUUUAAAACAAAUAUUUUAUACAAAAGUUUAUAUAAUGUUAAAUUUGUAUACUUACAAUAAAAAAAUUUUAUCUAAGAGUUUCUACUUAUACCAAUAAAAGCAUUAAUGACC